UGCUUCAGAACAUCAGCUGGACUACUACGUCCGUCCACGAACGUGUUUCCUCGUGCUCGCGUAAUCACUCGCGACGUCGUUUUCCAAGUGACGCAAGAGCGAUAACCGCUCACCGCUGUUGUUUUGUCGACCCGUGGUCGCUGGAAAUCCUACUCGAAGAACAUAUCGUAAUUGACACGCACGCGCAACCAAUUGUCGGCAAUCUGCGAUUUUUGCAAUCUGUAGCACACGUGACAGUGUCUGAUAAGUACGAUGCAGCUCGACGUAGGUUGCGCGAAUUACGCCCGAGGUGAUCGCGUUACGAGAUUGUGAACAUUUUAUACCAGUUAUCUAUUAUCGCACAAGCAUGUGAUUUUGAUUUCAAUUUUUUUUCUGGACAUAGAGCAACUGUGUGUUGCUCCAUACAAUUGUUGCGCAAAGGAAGAUAAAGGAAGCGCAUGGCAGAUGCAGACAAGAUAAUGAACAUAUGGAGGACCGCGGAUGCUGUGACAUUUGAUGUGGACUCUACUGUCAUAACGGAGGAGGGCAUCGACGAGCUUGCAAAGUUUUGUGGAAGUGGAGAACAGAUCGCUAAAUUGACCCAGCUGGCCAUGCAAGGUGAUAUGAUCACGUUUCAAGACUCCUUGUCCACAAGAUUGGCUAUCAUAAAUCCAAGUCUGAGUCAAGUGAAAGAAUUCUUGAACACGCACCGUCCAAAACUUACUAAUGGUAUCAAAGAAUUAGUAUCGACUUUGCAAGCUCAUGGAAAGGAAGUAUUUCUUGUCUCCGGUGGGUUUCACUGUCUCAUCGCACCGGUCGCCGCACAACUCGAUAUUCCGCCUGAGAACGUUUACGCCAACAGACUGAAAUUUUAUUUCACAGGGGAAUAUGCUGGAUUUGACGAAACUCAGCCGACCUGCAAGAGUGGUGGCAAAGGGAAGGUAAUAAAGCAUCUUAAAAGUGAAAGACGAUUCAAAACUAUUGUACAUGUGGGUGAUGGUUCGACGGAUCUAGAAGCCUCACCGCCAGCAGAUGCGUUUAUAGGAUUCGGAGGCAACGUGACCAGAGAAACCGUAAAGUCACAGGCAAAAUUGUUCAUCACGAAUUUUGAUGAUCUUAGAAAAAGUUUAUAA